AUGAACACAGCUACCCUUAAAUUCUCGGCCAUCUAUAAUGCGAUCGAACGUAACCCACCCAGCGGAUCUAGUCCCAAUGAUUGGCUUGAAGCAGCCAAGAUGAACUACCUGGACCAGACCAAAGGGACGGCUUUCAGCAACCUACCAGCGUGGCAAAAGCUCCAAUAUGCCCCCAAAUGGCGAGCGGACCCCCGAGUUGAUCAGCCAGCUACCCCAUUGCCAACCACGUUGUCAGACUCGAUCGAUCCGGAAUCUGCUCAUGAUGAGAACCCUGGGAUGUCUAGCCCAACGGUCUGUUCAGCUUCAUCGAUUUCUUGUCCAAUCGGUGGGAAGGCUGCCAAAAAACGCCGAAUCGAGGGCUAUCAACACGAGGAAUUGCUCUCACAAACAAGCGAUCUUGCUGUCAUCUCGCAAGAACGAUUGACAGCCUUUCACAAGGGUAACGAAAUCCUCAUCGAUAAGAAUAAUAUUAUGAAAGAGAAAAUUGAGAUUGAGCGCAAAAAACUUCAACUUGAACAAGAGAAGCUGGCUGUUGAAAAGGAAUAUUGUCAGAGCAAAACCGACAUGAACGACUUCAAGAUCCUCCGCGAUGCCGAGGACCUUGGUGACGAGGAAGCAAAGGAUGUGAUUAAGAUCAUCAAGGAUCAAAUCAAGAACAAGUGGCGCGCACGAGCGGGCUUAUAG